AGUCUCGGCCGCUUCCGAGCCUAACCGCGCGAUCAAACAAGUAUGGCUAGCCGCCAGCAGUACGCCGCGCGCCGCCACCCGGGUCGCAUGUGCUGCGUCGCUAACCGAGCUUUACACAAACUUGCUUCAUCGCAAGUUUAGACAUUUAAGUGCAUAAACCAACUGAUAUAUUUCAUGUGUUUUCGGUGUUCAUACUAACCGUGUGAGUCGAGUGCUUGCCCUGGCUACGCAAAUGCGGGUUUUGUACAUUAGUGGGUGGAAAAAUAAACAGAACUCUCCGGGGCAAGUGCGGCGCCGGCCCGGCGUGCAGCUCAGCUCUGCUGAUGAUGACACACUAAUCUGUGAUGCUGACACAAACUGUGCUCUAUAGGAAACUACGUCCUAGAGGACGACGAAGGACGUUGUAGAUAAAAUCGAAUAGUUAACACUAGUUUAUAAAAAUGCAAGUGCCUAAUUUUAUACUAAUCCUGGGCAACCGCCGCAACUUAAUAUUUAGAGUCAGCAUAGUGGUCAUCGUCGGGUUAUUUUACGUAGCGUUGCAUUAUUCUGGUAAUAGUGCCCCGGAGGCCGAGUGGGUGCCCAUCACGGUUGAUGGCUCCGAAAGAACUGCAGAAACAAGGUACCUCAAAGAUAAGGAACGAGAAAUGACAGCAAAUUUUACAGAUGCAAACAUGCGAAAGUUAACAGAGUUCACUUCCCAGAAAAUAGCUGUGACUACAAUGUCCACUGUUAAUAAAACUGCAUCUAGUACAGCAUCAGACGUAGAGAAAAAUGUGAGUGCCGUGCCAUCUGAAGCAAAUAUACUAGAUGAAGAACCUUACGACGAGAAUGUGCUAACAAACUCCACGCUGAUGGCACUUAAAGCUAUCCUCGGUUGUAAAGACAAGGAUUUCUUUCCUGAGACUUUGCAGCGGGGGGAGUAUUGGGUGCUGAAGAACUACGUGCGCGCUAACCACGGCCCUGUCCAGUGUUAUGAGACAAUCACGGCUACAACGCAUUGUGGCUUCGAAUUCCUUGAUAACCUGGUUCCUCUAGUAGAACGAUGGAUGGCUCCGAUCAGUUUGGCGAUCCAUGCUCCUGGCACAGACAUGCUGCCUUCAGUGAACAGCAUCAGAUAUCUCCGAGACUGUUCCGGCCACGACCUCGUCCAGCAAUUCGUGACCUUCCACAUCUUUUUCUCUAACAAACAUAUACCUGAAAACAUUCCAAAUGCAGAUGAGUUAUUGAAGACACCGUACGACUGCGCACUGCCAGCUCCGUAUGCCGUCAAUUCUUCUAGUACCUACAAGGAAAAGAUGAACCUGUUAUACCCUGUCAACGUCGGCAGGAACAUUGCUAGAGCUGCAGCCUUGACCCACUUCCUUCUACCCUUGGACAUCGAGCUGUACCCUAGUCCAUUCCUCGUGCCUCAGUUCUUAAACAUGAUCGCCAGAAACGAACCACCACUAAGCACUUCCAACAAGCCAAGAGUCUUCCCCUUAAGUUUAUUUGAGAUAGAUAAACAAUAUAGUCCGCCACAGACGAAAUUGGAACUGCAGGGAAUGUUGAAGAACAAAACUGCGAUACCGUUCCACAAAUACGUGUGCCCCACUUGUCAUAACAUACCGCGUGGUAACGAGUGGAUGGCCAAACCUGAGACCCCAUUAAUGGAAGUGUUUUACGUGGGCAAACGAGAAAAAAAGUAUAGUCACUGGGAACCUAUCUUCAUCGGGACACACGCAGAUGCUUAUUACGACGACCGAUUGAGUUGGGAGGGCAAGAAAGAUAAAAUGACACAGGCUUACAUCUUUUGCGCCAAAGACUACGAGUUCAUGAUCUUGAGCAACGCUUUCCUCGUUCACAAGCCUGGGAUCAAAUACUACAAGGCGAACCCGAAGAGAGACAAAUAUGCUGCGAAGCAAGGUUCCUUUGUAAACAAUGUGAUCAAGAAGGAACUCAAAAAAAUCUUCGGGUCAAAACCCGGCUGUGUACUGUGACGACACACAAGGAUAAAGGUCAUAUAUCGAAACCUAGUACACCUCACAGGUACAAAAUAGAAUUCAGGCUAUUCAACGCUAGGCAUACUAAUUAAGCUUACAGGGUUCAAUAAAUCCGCCUGAAUUUGAAAAUGUUGAUAACGGAAUUGUGUCCUAAAUCGAACAUAUCACUAUGAUUAAAACUAAAAAUACAACUCGGUUAAGAUAUACGCACACUCCAGUGAUUUUGUAAGUUAAGUACUAACUAAUUCAGGCGUUUAACAAUGCAUAGGAUACAAGACACGAUAGAGGCCUUAAACAGUUACUGUAAGGAUAACUCUAUGUUAGAAACAUUCACACGUCCGUAAUCUAAGUCAAGAAUGCUGAUACAGAGGCAAUGAAUCUUCUUAAAAAUAAUAUUUUGAUACUUCGCAAAAGAACAUUUACUAUUGCAAAUACUAAAAUGAAACAAGAAGGUCUAUCCAAUAAUAGCCUUUAACUUCCUAUUCAGAAGGAUCAUAGUUGUAAGGCAUCAUUAUAAGUUUUGAAGUGUAAAUAUUUUGCUUGCUAGUGUUCGCUUGCUUUUGUAUAACAAAGUACUUGACUUUAUAUAUAAUUUAAGUGCUUUUUUUGCAAACAGCAGUUAGAAUUGUUUGUAGAUAUUAUAUGUCUAGGGCCCCAUUAGUACGUUGUGGUUUUACGAGCAGCUGCGCAACCCUACACAACCACAACCCAAAACAAACGCUAGAGUUAAUUAACAUGGUUGCUGACAACAGCAAAUAGUUGCGCCACAAAGUUGACACCGAGGUAUACAACCUUCGUAUAACUACAUACACUUUAUUGGUUGCGCAACCAGGGCGUGACCAUGGUAUCCUAGUGAAAUAGGGUUCUUUAUGAGCUUAUAAGCUUCAAAAACACACAUAGUGUUGAUUUAUCUUGGUAAUUAAGUGUCCAUUGCUACAAUGCUAAACAUAUAAGCUCGAAUAACGAAUGUAUGUAAAGACUAAGCUUGUGAUUUCAAUUUAAACACUAUCCUCUUUAUGUUUAAGAUCAAAUUUAUAUGUGUUAACUUUGCCACUUACGUCUAGUUAAAUGUCGAUUUAAUCAACUAAAUUAAAACUGCGACUACCUAGUUUCGUUAUAUUGAAAACAUGACAGAUGUCGUGAAUCAUCAUUGUAUCAGCCACAAAGUUCCACUUCUGCUAGACUAUUCUGGAACUUUUAAUUCAAAAGAUAACUGAACUCGAUCGCGUGCCGCCAUUUCAUUGGUUGUGAGAAUAUUCUCGGCCAAUAAGGAGAGAAUGCGAUCGAACUCUCUUCGAUACUUUGUUUAUCGUCUAGUUCAAUUUUUUUUAAAUAAUAAUUUUAUUAACCAUGGCAGUAUCGGCAUAAUCCUUGCACUUCGCCUUUCCAUGUUUAUAUUUUUUUUUUUUUGCUCAUUCUGAAAUGCAUUUUUAGUCUAUACUUCAGUAGAUUAUUCGCUAGUGAUAAAUAUAUUUGUAGAUUUUUAUAAUGAUUAUAUUAUCUAUGUACAUAAUGAAUGUAAGAAGUAUAGGUACACUAUUUUGUAAUAUUUUAUCUGUGAUUUUAUUUGAAAUUAUUGCCCGACUGCUAAAAAAAGAGGGUUAAGCUUUAUAUUUCAAGUACUUAGUAAAAUCACAGGAAAAAUCAUUGUAAUCAUAAACGUUAAUCUCCAGAGCUAGGAAUCGAAUUAAAAAUUGUAAUAUCUAAUAGAUAACCAACUAGAUGAAUUGGAAACAUUUAAUUUUUAUAUUUUUCAGUAAUUUAAUUGGUCUUUUUACCGAAAAAUGUAGUUUAAAAUCAUUUAUUUCCUAUCACCUAGUCUCAGUGGCUCUCAUGGCUACAUUUUAAUAAAAAACUAUUAACGUGUCUGCUGCAGGAAAACAGGGACAUAAACAUCACAUUCUCGUACAAUACCAGACAAGACAUACCUAACUCUUAUAAUAAAAUUACUAUUAUAAUUAUAAAAGUCAAAAAUAUGCAGCAUACAUACGUAGUUCAUAAACUUAUUAUAAGUUUAUAACUUAUAAGUUGUGAGUUUUUAACUAAAAUUAUAAGUUGUAAGUUUAUAACUUAUAUACCUAUUAUAAGUACCUAUACCGAUAAAUCAAGUCGGCCUUAUUGUGGAAACUAGUUUAGCUUUAGUUGCUAUUUAAA